UUUUUACAAAGUGUAAUAAGCUAUAUAUAAAGCGCCCUUGCUUGCCCGAAACCGUACUUCAAUUAUUAAUAGAAGUUGAACAUAGAAGUAUCGGCUUUAUAACUCCUCCUCCACCCUCUCUCGUAUAUCUCAAACACUUAUCUCUUCAACAAUUUUUUGCAUAGCUUUUUCCUCAACCUCUUUAUACCCUUCAUCGAUCGUUCAUCUAUUUAUUACGAACGAUUGAAACCAUAAACCCAAUAUUAUUUUAAGUUGCCAAAUUAAGAAGGAAUAAUAUAAUCCAUGGCAGGAGGAAGCGGAGGAAGAAACUUGGAGGAAACGCCUACAUGGGCUGUCUCCGCUGUUUGUUUUGUUUUGAUCUUAAUCUCUAUAAUCAUCGAGCACAUCAUCCAUCUCAUAGGAAAGUGGUUGAAGAAGAAGCACAAAACAGCUCUGUACGAAUCACUUGAAAAGAUCAAAUCAGAGCUUAUGUUAUUGGGGUUCAUAUCGUUGCUUCUAACGGUAGGACAAGGUCCAAUAUCAAGAAUAUGCAUUUCAGAAAAAGUUGCAGGGACAUGGCACCCCUGCGACGAUAGUAGCAGCAUCCACGAGUCAGAUACUGAAGAAUCAGAAAACGUAAACGGAACCAAUAGCCGCAGAUUAUUGGCGGCGUUCUAUGGUUCAGACGACGUAAAUCCACGACGUGUUUUGGCGGGAGGAGGAACCGACAAGUGUCGUGAGGGUAAAGUCCCGUUUGUGUCAUCGGAUGGCAUUCAUCAACUCCAUAUAUUUAUCUUCGUGCUGGCUGUUUUUCAUGUCCUUUACUGCAUUCUCACUAUGGCUCUGGGCAGAGCAAAGAUGAAAAGGUGGAAGCGAUGGGAAGAGGAAACCAAGACACCAGAAUACCAAUUUUCACACGAUCCUGAGAGAUUCAGAUUUGCGAGGGAGACAUCUUUUGGAAGAAGACAUUUGAGUUUCUGGACCAAAAAUCCUGUCCUCAUGUGGAUUGUUUGUUUCUUUAGGCAAUUUGUGCGGUCAGUUCCUAAAGUGGAUUACUUGACCUUAAGACAUGGAUUUAUCAUGGCACAUUUGGCUCCUCAAAGUCACUCGAAGUUUGAUUUUCGGAAAUAUAUAAAACGAUCACUGGACGAGGAUUUCAAAGUCGUAGUUGGAAUCAGUCCUCCAUUCUGGUUCUUCGCAGUGCUGUUUCUGCUCUUAAACACUCAUGGGUGGUACUCUUAUCUGUGGCUGCCAUUCAUUCCUUUGAUUAUAAUCUUGUUAGUGGGAACCAAGCUUCAAGUGAUCAUAACCGAGAUGGGUCUAAGAAUUCAACAAAGAGGAGAGGUCCUCAAGGGUGUGCCCUUGGUUCAGCCAGGGGAUCAUUUGUUCUGGUUUAACCGACCUGGCCUUAUUCUUUACCUUAUCAAUUUUGUGCUCUUUCAGAAUGCUUUUCAGCUGGCUUUCUUCGCAUGGUCUGCGCUUCAAUUUGGGAUUAAAUCCUGUUUCCAUUCGCACACGGAGGACGUGGUGAUCAGAAUCACAAUGGGGGUCCUUAUUCAAAUCCUCUGCAGCUACGUUACUCUUCCUCUCUACGCUCUAGUGACACAGAUGGGUUCAACAAUGAAGCCAACGAUAUUCAACGAUAGAGUAGCGGUAGCGUUGCGGAAUUGGCACCAGACAGCGAAGAAGCACAUAAGACAGAACCGUGUGGGGCCGCUGUCGUUGUCGGGGACUCCGACGUCGAGCAGGCCCACAACCCCAAGUCACCACCUGUCCCCGGUGCACCUCUUGCGAUACUACCGCUCCGAAAUCGACAGCUUCCCCGCGUCUCCGCGAAGGUCAAACUUCGACGAUAAUAAUAUGGAUUCUCCUUCUCCUUCCUAUUCGCUCCACCAAUUGCCACCACAAACAACAGCAACAACCAAUGACUCCGCCAAUGAUAAUAACGCCACCACACACCAUGAGAUUGUCGUGGUGCACAGCAAGGAGUUUUCGUUUGAUAAAAGACCUACCAGUAGUAGUGGUAAUACGUAAAUAUAUAAAAUCAGUGACCAAAAAACAAAAUCAAAAUAUCUUAGGACAAGGAUGCAUGGGAUGAUCUCAAGCUAUGCUUCUCGAUCAGGCAAAGCAUUAAUCUUAUUGAAUUUAUUUAUGGUGUUUCAUUUGUGUAAUUAAUGGAUUAUUAUUAUUAUUAUUAUGUUAAAUUGAUUAUUAUAUUCAUGAAGCAAUAUAAGUUGAUCUUUUUUCUUUUUCGUUGUAACAUUUACUUGCCUAUCAAUAGUUGGCAUAUAUGGUAUGUAAAAAAAUAUAUAUGCAUGACGCAUUGUAAAUUAUUGUCAUCUGAAAUUCCAGACAAGUGGUUUUUUUUUC